UACUAAAAUCAUACUACGUGUCUCCGUACAAAUAUUUAAGUCUUUAAAACUCCCACGUAUAAGAUUUGGUCAACGAGAGUUCCAGAGGCAUAUAAUCAGGCAAUCAGCUUCCUUCCUCCAUCAAUUUCUUGUAAUUGUAAUAGUCUGAAUAAUCUAGUUGCUGAGCUUUUUCUCUAGUGUACCAUGGCUCUGGAACUUUGUGUCAAGGCUGCUGUUGGCGCUCCAGAUGAUCUUGGAGACUGUCCAUUUUGUCAGCGAGUAACUCUUACCCUCGAGGAAAAGAAUAUCCCUUACCAGACUAUUCUGAUCAACCUUAGCGACAAGCCUCAAUGGUUCUUGGAGGUAAAUCCGGAAGGGAAGGUUCCACUUAUCAAAUUUGAUGGGAAAUGGAUUGCUGAUUCUGAUGUAAUUGUUGGGAUUAUUGAAGAGAAAUACCCAGAACCACCACUUGCAAUUCCCUCUGAAUUUGCAUCGGUUGGUUCUAAGAUACUCCCUACUUUUGUUGCUUUUUUGAAAAGCAAGGAUCUCAAUGAUGGUACAGAGCAGUCUCUAGUUGAAGAACUGAAGGCAUUUGAUGAACAUCUUAACAAAAACGGACCAUUUAUCAAUGGGGAGAAAAUUAGUUCGGCUGAUUUGAGUUUGGCACCAAAGCUAUACCACCUUCAGGUGGCUCUUGGCCAUUUCAAGAAAUGGAGUGUUCCAGAGGGCUUGGUUCAUGUGCAUAAUUAUAUGAAGUUGGUCUUUGCAAGGGACUCUUUCCAGAAAACUAAGCCCCCAAAAGAUGAGUAUAUUAUUGCCGGGUGGGCUCCAAAGGUUAAUGCAUGAACCAAUCCCAAGCUGUAGAUCUGAAGAUUCAUUAAUUUACUUCAUGUUGCUAUUGGCAUUGUGCUGCUUCUUGUCUACUCUGUCUUUUGGCAGAGGAUCUAUUUGAUAGAUAAAAUGCUCUACUUAUGCAGUAUGCUUAUGAGAAUCUUAAUAACCUGUCUGAGUGCCUGUGUGGAAUGGUGUUUAUUUUUUAUCAACUUUUGAUGGCCUAGCUAUUUAUGAACCACAACUUAUUGGUUGUUUAUAAAUUAAUGAUCUGUCGUUGGUUUUCCUCGAUAAUAGAAUGCCUGCUAAUCUUCAUGGCUUCAUCAUAAACUUCCACCUACACCCUUGUGUGGCAAAAUCUGAAAAUCAUCAUCGUUUCAUUUCUUC